AUGCCAUUAAACGAAAUUCAAGAAUCAGAAUUACGAAGAGCGUUCAUGCUCGCAGACACGGACGGUAAUAAUUCAUUAGAUGUCAAUGAAGUGAAACAUUUACUUGCUCAACUCAAACAUCGUUCAACAAAUAUCUUCGUACAGCCUCCUUCGGAUCAAGAAGUCUUUCAAUUGAUGAAAUUACUUGAUGAAAAUGGAGAUGGGCAAGUGGAAUGGGAAGAGUUUAAACAUGCCAUGGAGAAGUGGAUGGAUGAAGAUAAAUCAACAUCGGGUGGACGUGGUAGUUCCAUCUCUCAUCAACGAAGUGGCAGCAGUGAUGGGAGAGGAAUGAAUGACAACUCCGAGUUGAAAAAGAGAAAACAACGCGACUAUUCUGUUGAGAGAGAACAAGUUCAUGACAAGGUCCAAAAGUUUUUCUUGCAAUUCCGAGUGAGAGAUCCAGCAAUGAAUUCUCCAACAUCACCACAAAUGUCAUCCUCAUUAUAUAGACGAAAAGGUAUACAUGAUCAUCACUAUCGAGAUUCGUUGCAUUCCUCAGGAACAGGAAUCGGUUCCCAAGACGAACAUUUAGUGAAAGCUCAAUCAAUUUCUCUCAAUGGACUCAAAUCUCAAUUGUUGGAAUUUCCAAAACUUCCUUUUAUCAUUGAUUUGCAUUCAAAAAACAUUCAACAUAGUAAUGUUCUUGCUGAAGUUGCCAUGUCAAAACAACAAUUGGACGUUGCGUACAAUCAAAUCAAGAACGUUCUUGCUCAAUGCAUUGUGUUCUGUGAUUUGUUCGUGAUUCACUACUCUACUCCAUAUGACAGGAUUGAAAUCAGUGACAUGAUUCUUGAUACAUACCAACAUAUUUUUGACGAAUGCUUUAGCGUUUUUAACUUAUUAUUAGACAUGUCUAUUUACUACAAGCUAUAUGAUAUUCAACAUCAAGUACUCUAUAUUUUAAAUUGCAUUUGUAACGGACCAAGAAUUGCCAAUCUCGAUCAGAGUCACAAAUACCAUUUGCAAAACAUGUAUUUCAAAAAGUUGAUUGCAGAGUAUGAUAUUUUGAACAAGGUGUAUAGUCAUAUUUUGAAGCAACCAAUGACUCCUAUGGAAAUUUCAAAGCAAUCCAUUUCUCUGAUCGCUCGAUUUGCAAGUUUCAACAAGGAAUGCAGAGAUAAGAUUUACGAAAUCAAUGGCCUUCUUCCAGAUCUUUUAAAGACAUUGGGUGGAGUUCUUUCCAAAUACAAAAUUGGACUGUUGAAAAUUAUAACAUUUUCUCUCGCCAUUUUGAUGGGAGAUCUAACCCAUACGCAAUCUAGUACUGUGAAACCCAAUACUGAAUCUACAUUCAUAGCUCUAAAUUUACUUUCACAAUUAUUGUUCCAUUGGCGUGUACAAUUUGAAGAUCAGGAUACAUUAGUUUAUAUUCUACAUGCUCUUAUAGGGGUUUUGGAUGGUGUUCGACAAGAUGACUUGUUUAAGAAGUUUGUAGAUCUUCUGAAUGAUAAGAACGAAUACGUGGCUGAGAGUGUCCUUUCAAUUGUGAUUUCAAAGCUAAUUCAAGACAAGUUUAAUGUCUACGUUCUGGUGGAAAAGUGUCAACUUCUUGAGACAUUCAAAAAAGUUUUUACGACAACCAACAGCAACAUGGUGAGAUAUUAUGUCAUGCUCUGCAUUACUGAUAUUGUAAAGACUUAUCCAUUUAGCAUUAUGAGACUGGAAAGUUUGAAUUUAAUCAGUGAUCUUAUUGCAGAAUUGGAGAAGGAUACUGAAUUUAAUGACAAGAUUAUUAGAUGCUUGAGACAUAUUUGCAAACACAUGCCAAUGACCAUGCUUUUGAAGUACUUAGACGGAUACAAUUUCAUUCAUUCACUCAUUAGAUACUGUCUCAAUCAUUACUAUACUCCAAAAGAUGACGUAUUAGAAAAGUUUUACAAUAACAACAAAGCUUCAAGCUCAACAGGUGGUUCCACUUCCAAUAGUUUAAAUGCCUAUAACUUUGAGCUUAUUUAUCAUACCGUUCACUGCUUACUAUCCAUAAUUCACAAUCACAAUGGUGAAUUGUUGGCUAAUAUUGAAAAUGGUAGCUCCUUGUAUACGGCUGUUAACGCGAAUCAAAUUGCUAUUUAUCAGACUAAAUGCUUAUCGAAAUUCACUUUCGAAGACAUUACUGAUAUUGGCACUCUUUUGAAGGGAAUUGUACAGUCUCCUCUUCGAGAAUCCAUUAAUAAUUGGAAGUAUUCUGACCAACAACAACGUUCUUUGGAAGAAUAUGUAAGAGUUUUGCUAGUUUACAUCAAGACGAUUUGUGACAAGAUCAGUGGUAACGUGUUUUUGAGAGAAAUAUCGCAAAAGGUUCAAAUACUUAUUGAACAAAUUUUACAGCAAUCCUAUGCCCAAGUUGAACUACAAACAAAUCCAAUACUUGAAGCAUACAAGACUUUGUAUUCCAAACAAAAGGAAAGGGUCUUACAACUCACCCGUGUCUUGAACUCCAUGAUUACACAUGACCAAUCCAAAGUAACGGAUGACUUGUAUUACAAAACUCUAACCAUUUCAUCCAAAUCACUCGUUGACUUGGAAAACGAAGAAAAAGAGCUGAAAUAUAGAACAUUCCAGCAGUUAUUGGCAACCUGUAAUAACCUUAAUGCUCAAAUGUCAGACGAAAUGUUGGAAAAGUUAUUAGAAUAUUUUACCAGCAUUUGUGACAAGAAUACAGGAUUACUCUCAAAAGAACAGUUUGUCGAAGGAAUGAUGACCAUUUUAAAUAUUAGGGAUCGAUUAUUAAUUGAAAACAACUAUCAGCUAUUUGACAUUGAUAACUCUGGUAAAAUUGAUUUUAGAGAAUUUGUGGUCGGAAUUGUUGUUGUAAAUAAUGAAAUUUCAAAGAAUGCAGCUGCAACACUUACAGAUAGAGAGAAAGUUAUGCUGCACCAAUUAUUUUCUGUGUACGAUUUAAAUCAUGAUAAUAUGAUUACAUUUGAAGAAUUAUUACAAAUGCGACGAAGUGCAGCCAUGGAAGGUAUGAACAAAGCAAUCCUUACCGAAGAAGAAUUAAUUCAAGACACAAAGACUGUUUUUGACAAGGUUGACACUGAUCAUAAUGGUAUUAUUGAUUUUAAUGAGUUUGUACAUGCUGUCAAGAGCGGUAUUUUGAGUUUGUAA